GGUGAUUAAUUACCAGGAUGUUGUGGGAAAAGAUAUUAGAGAGUUAUGUGUCCCACUUUGAUGGCUACAUAUUGCAUUAGCACUGACUGGGCAAUGGAAUAUAAAAGGCACAAAACCCUAUUUUGGCUUUUCAAAAAUAAAACACAUUGAUGAAUACAUGUUUCCAUGAUUUGAAGGCAUGAUGGUUUCCAGAAGUCAUCUCACCCAACCAACCCGUGUUUACUAGCUUUUGAAAAGGGCUUGACAUAGACAAUAAAUGAUUGUGGGUGGGUGGGUGGUUCCAAAAAGAUAGAGCAAAAUUGAGAUUUAGGUAUCCAGAUGUUAUUAUAAAAAAGAGUAUAGAAGUGUGGAAUGCAUUGAUUGGUGUAGGAUCAACGAUGGGACCGAAUCCGAAUAAACGGGUUGAAGUUGAACAGGAAAAUCGGUGGACGGGUGAAGUGAAGAUGCCUGCGGGUCAAUUACUUGUUACUCUUAAAUGACUUGAAUGAGCAGAAGAGUGUGAUUAGACGGCAACCACCUCAAUAAUUAUAAUUAUAUAUAGUUGAGCCCAAGAGAAAAAUCAUCAAAUCCCAACCCGAUCGAUCUUAAUUUGCGCUUCCCAUUUUCUUCUUCCUUUCCCCCAAAAGUUAAUUAAACAUUAAUUCCCGUCCGUUACUGUAAUAGUUACGAUAUUAAUCUAAUUUUGGUGGGGUGAGAGAUGUUGAUCAAUGUGAAGCAAUCCACCAUGGUUCGGCCGGCGGAGGAGACGCCGCGGAGGGCGUUGUGGAACUCCAACGUGGAUUUGGUGGUGCCGAACUUCCACACGCCGAGCGUGUAUUUCUACAGGCCAAACGGGGUCUCCAAUUUCUUCGACGCCAAGGUGAUGAAGGAGGCUCUGAGCAAGGCCUUGGUCCCUUUCUACCCAAUGGCCGCACGCCUCCGCCGGGACGACGACGGGCGCGUGGAGAUAUACUGCGACGCUCAGGGCGUGCUCUUCGUGGAGGCUGAGACCACUGCCGCCAUCGAGGACUUCGGCGACUUCUCUCCCACCCUGGAGCUCCGGCAGCUCAUCCCCUCCGUGGAUUAUUCUGCCGGUAUCCACUCCUAUCCGCUGUUGGUGCUACAGGUAACAUAUUUCAAAUGUGGAGGGGUCUCAUUAGGUGUUGGUAUGCAACACCAUGUAGCAGACGGAGCAUCUGGUCUUCACUUUAUCAAUGCAUGGUCAGAUGUUGCUCGUGGCUUGGAUAUUUCCCUCCCCCCAUUCAUUGACAGGACACUACUCCGUGCCCGGGAUCCACCUCUUCCUGUUUUUGAUCACAUUGAAUACAAGCCCCCACCAGCCACUAAGAAGACUACUCCCCUGCAACCCUCAAAACCAUUAGGCUCUGACAGUACUGCUGUUGCCGUCUCUACUUUCAAAUUGACCCGUGACCAACUGAGCACCCUCAAGGGUAAGUCCAGAGAAGAUGGCAACACAAUCAGCUACAGCUCUUAUGAGAUGUUGGCUGGCCAUGUAUGGAGAAGUGUCUGUAAGGCAAGAGCACUUCCUGAUGACCAAGAAACCAAAUUGUACAUUGCAACCGAUGGACGGGCGAGGCUGCAACCUCCCCUCCCCCAUGGUUACUUUGGCAAUGUCAUCUUCACCACCACUCCCAUAGCAGUGGCUGGUGAUCUCAUGUCAAAACCAACAUGGUAUGCUGCUAGCAGAAUCCACGACGCAUUAAUACGAAUGGACAAUGAAUAUUUGAGAUCGGCUCUUGACUAUCUAGAGCUGCAGCCUGAUCUAAAAUCCCUUGUUCGUGGAGCACAUACUUUUAGAUGUCCAAAUCUUGGUAUCACUAGCUGGGCAAGGCUUCCAAUCCAUGAUGCUGACUUUGGUUGGGGAAGACCCAUUUUCAUGGGACCUGGUGGGAUUGCAUACGAGGGGCUAUCUUUCAUAAUCCCAAGCUCAACAAAUGAUGGGAGCCUGUCGUUGGCAAUUGCUCUGCCGCCUGAGCAAAUGAAAGUGUUUCAGGAAUUGUUUUAUGAUGACAUUUGAAGUGUUUUUUCAUUUCUCAGUUUUUUUUUAAGUAUUUUUUCACGAACCCUAUAAAUAUCUCCGGUUACACAAUAUUGAUGAUAGUCUAUGCCUUGGCAAAGCGUGAUAAUCAGUAAGCACAAAUGAACUUUGAAUCAAGUGUAUCAUCGACUUGAUGUCACAUUUGUGGACAAGAUUUGUGAGUCAGUGCAAGCCGUCUCCCCUUCACCAUCCCAGGAUAUUUGAUUGCAUUUCUGAAUGCUUGGUGUCUUUUUUUCUCUAUAUAGUCAUGAGUAAUGAAGAACGGUAUUAAUUAUGGA